AUGACUGUGUUGCAGGAGCAAAGGAGAAGGCUCCAGCAGCCUUCCAUCACAAAGACAUCUCCAGUGAAGCUGUCAGAAGAGGAAAUGAGAGGCAACAGCCCAGACAAUCUGCUCAGGGGCUGGAGGCCUGCCAUCUGGCUGCUGGCCUUGUUCCUAAUGUCUCUUCUCAUCGUGAUUUUAAUGAGUUGCAUCCUCCAGUUCGGAUAUCUCAGUGUGUCCAAAAGAGAAACUGCUGCCAACAGGACUUCAUCAGUACUAUCUCCACCGCAGGUGCGCCUGGCGAACGGCAGGAACAGGUGCGAGGGCCGCGUGGAGAUCCAGCACAACGGCACCUGGGGCACCGUGUGCGACGACGACUGGGACAUGGUGGACGCCAACGUUGUGUGCCGGCAGCUGGGCUGCGGCCUGGCGCUCGCGGUGGCCAGCAGCUCGGCCUUCGGACAGGGCACUGGGCCCAUCCUGCUGGACAACGUGGACUGCCGGGGAGGAGAAGGGGGGCUGGGCCAGUGCGAGAGCCUGGGCUGGGGUGUCCACAACUGCUACCACUACGAGGAUGUGGCUGUGACCUGCAGAGACACAUCUGCGCCAGCAGUUCGAGAACACAGCAAUUUUGCUACCCCACCUCCACAGCUCACAGGACUCCGAGAGGGCACCAUUCGCCUGGUGAGCGGUGCGGACUCCUGCCAGGGCCGGGUGGAGAUCUUCUACCGGGGGAGCUGGGGAACGGUGUGCGAUGACGACUGGGGCUUGAGAGACGCUGAUGUGGUCUGCCAGCAGAUUGGCUGUGGAAGUGCCCUGACCUACACCACCAAUGCCUUCUUCGGAUAUGGCACAGGCCUCAUCCUCCUGGACAACGUCAACUGUAACGGCAACGAGCCCCUCCUGGCCUCCUGCUACAGCCUGGGCUGGGGGAUUCACAACUGCGGGCACCACGAAGAUGCUGGAGUGAUCUGCUCAGGCUCAACAACGCCAACACCUUCUCUAAACUUCACUGCAACAAUGGCCAGAGCUCUUGUGUACAGGAUGGACGCUACUACAGCUACAGAUGUCACAGCAACGAUUUCUCAAACAAUGAAGGUUCAAAAAACGUCCACUGUACCAGCAGUAGGGGGCGCUAUACGUGUGGUGAAUGGGAACAACACCUGCCAGGGUCGGGUGGAGGUUUUCCACAACAACGCCUGGGGGACGGUGUGCGACGACGACUGGGACCUGGCCAACGCUGAUGUGGUGUGCAGGCAGCUGGGCUGCGGCCUCGCGAUCGAAGCCAAAGUGCUGGGCUACUUCGGCUACGGCUCCGGGCCCAUCCUGCUCGACAACGUGGACUGCGCUGGGACCGAGAACUACCUCACCGACUGCUUCAACCUGGGAUGGGGCCAACACAACUGCGGCCACCACGAGGAUGCAGGAGUCAUCUGCAAAGCAAAAGAAAUGCCCCCAGCUUUUAAAGACUUUGGCAUUACAUCUACAACUGCCUCCAUCAAAGCACCCACUGAAGGCUCAGUGAGGCUGGUGAACGGGACGCACCGCUGCGAGGGCCGGCUGGAGCUCUUCUCUCGGGCCCAGUGGGGCACGGUCUGCGACGACGCCUGGGACCUGAGAGACGCCCGCGUCGUGUGCAGGCAGUUGGGCUGCGGCAACGCCACCAGCGCCCGGGAGGAGGCUUUCUUCGGCCAAGGCAGCGGAAGCAUCCACCUGGACAAUCUGAAAUGCCGGGGCGACGAGACCUCCCUUCUGCAGUGCUCUCACAUAGCCUGGAACGUCCACAAUUGCAAUCACUCAGAAGACGCCGGCGUGACGUGCCAACUUUUGUGAUUCCCCUUCAAGGCCUCGCCUGCCUCCCCCAGAGGGUACCUCGAACUUUGUGUAUAUUGUGUAAAUACCCAAUCAGCUUCCAAAGGAAUAUAAAUAUAUAUAUCCGUUUUUACCAUGCACUUUAUAAAUGUAUUUGAAUAAAA